AUGAGCUCUAAACGCGGACACUCCGAGAUUGAGAUUACGGGCUACGAGGAGCAACCUUCUGUGGCCGUUGGAAGUUUCUUUAAAGGUUUCACGGUUCCUAAAAACACCAAGUUUGAGUUGUAUCAGAGCACAUCUAAUGCCGGUAAAUUUAAGAUUCAUGGAGAGAACGAGCGUAUUGAAUAUGAGGGAAAAUGUGAUGAGGACAGUGUAAACAGCAAUCAAUAUAUGGUGGGUGUUUACGACCGCAAAACCAGAAGCGUUCAGCUGUUUAAUGCGCCCGUUAUGGCGACAAAAGCGAUAUCUAAAUCUAAAAAGGAGCUCGCCGGACCAGACAUUAAACAGCUCAAUGUGCGUGCAGCUCUUUCCCGUAAUGCGCUCGGUGAAGCUUUUGGUACCAAGAAAGCCAAAAAAGCUAUUGCAGAUUUGGAGAGAAAUCGGAUAGACUCGGAUAAACUUGCAGAAUCUGCUAUUGACAUCGUUGAGGCUGUCAGAACCGCGUCUAAAGAUCUUCCCCUAGGAGAUGACAUGGUUCGUCUUGCUGCACAGGAUAGAACAACGCCAAUCGCCAAUGUGGACGCAACGGACGUCGAACAAAUAUAUCCAAUCAACAAUGUCAUACCGAAGCGAGAAUGGCAAUUUAUUCGUGUUGGUACUUUGAUGAGGGAAGGGGACGCGACCAAGAGACUUCAAUUCUUCCCGCACACUAAAUCUCGCUAUGUUUCGAAAAAAUUGCCUACUUUGACUCAGCCUGCGCAAACUCCUAAACUCCAGUUACUCUACUACUUAUCUCUCCUGUUGGGAGUGUACGAAAACAGAAGGGUAAGUGAUAAAACCAGACUGCUGGAGAGACUGAAUGCUCCUCCCGAUGUUCUCGUUGACGGCAUUUUGGAACGAUUUACAGUCUUAAAAGCGGGACAGUUCGGAAAGUCAAAGGAUCGUUCGUUUGUUAUCGACCCUCAAAGAGAGGAUAAGUUGUUAAGCUACAUUUUAGUCAUUAUUUUGCAUUUGGACAAUUUCAUCGUGGAAAUCUCUCCUUUAGCCCAGGAGCUAGGAUUGAAACCUUCAAGAAUCGUCAGCCUUUUUAAAAAUCUCGGUGCUAUUGUGAAAGGCGCUACCGUUUCUCAAGCCGAAGCUUUCGGAAUUCCAAAAAGCGUUGCUUCUACUUAUAAGAUUGCUACUAUGAAAGUCCCAUUCAGAUUACCAGAGCCUUCCAGAAGGGCAAGAGCUGGAAAAAGGUGA